AUGAUUAUUGUAUUUAUUUUUACAGAGGCUAACUACAGUUCAACGGAAACAUGGGAAACGACGACGAUCAUCAUUCAGGAUCCAAAGAUCACAAAAAAGAUAAACCUCAUAGCUCUAAGGAUAAAAAAAAAGACGAGCACAGUCAUCAUAAAUCGGGUUCCAAACAUCGUUCUGGGUCAUCGUCUUCUUCAUCGAAGUUGUUUAUUUUCUCUAAGUUUCCUAUAAUUAAUUCAAUGUUUGUUGUUUAACAUUUAACUUAGAUCGGACUCUGAUCAUAAAAAGAAGUAAAAGUCAUGGAAUUAAUGAAAAUGAAACGUUUUUACAAUUUUUAUCAUUAGUUAUUUUCUCAUUAAAGUUAAUUAUUAUUAAAAUACAUUCGUUUAAGUAAAUGU